GCCUAUCUCCUCGUAUCGGAAGCAACUACUUUUUUUUUUAACGAGAACAGUAACAAACUAUUAUUACCAAUACCAUACGACAGAAUCUGAGGAAGAACUAAUAAGAAACUUACUAUUCUCUCUCUCUCUCUCUCUGGUGAAAGUGAAAAAUGGAAACAAAAUCUGUUUCUGGUGUUGUUGCAUGAAUUGUAUCUAAGAUAAGGUUCUGAACUCCUCAAAAUGGAGAAGUUACCUUUGGAAAUUUGUAUGAGGAUAUUCUGUUUCUUGGACUACCACAAUCUAGCAGUUGCUCAACAAGUAUGCAGAAAGUGGAAGCUGAUGGCCUCAGAAGAUGCUCUAUGGUCUAACCUUUUUAAGGAGAGAUGGGGAGGAGAUCAUGCAGCUUUUUAUUCUCCUAUUGGUUCAAAGUUAUGGAAAGAUGUAUAUGAGGUGGAAGAUCGUUGUGAUCGAGUUGGAGUGGGUUUGAAGAUAAUUAGAGAAGGCAGUGACUACUAUCUUGUUCAACUAGGUGAAAAACAGCGAUAUCUGGGUUCAAGAAAAAAUGGGGAACAAGUUAGUGGCAACAGCAGCCAUACUUUAAGUUCAGAAAGGGGCUUCACUGAAGAAGGUUCUCUAGCUGAAGAGAGAUCUUGUCGAGGAAUUUUGGAUAAAAUCCUUUUUUUCAUUGGGGAUUUGGAAGUUGCUUCUGCGGAUGCAAAACGUAGCCGUGUGAUAUGAUUAUCUAAUGUAUUCAAUCCAAUAGUGAAGUUCACUGUAAAACUUAAUCUGCAUGUAAGCAUUGUUUAUGUAUAUACUUAUUUAUAUCAUUAAACAAAUGUAUUCAGUUAUUUUGCAGCACUUUAAUUUGUAGGCUUUUUCGGAUGAGAAUCACACAAGUGACAAGUGAUUGUUUAUCCAGCUGUAAAGUAUAAACCAUUGUGAAAUAUAAUCUGAUUAGAUU